AGCCGCAGCAACAGCAGCAAUCCCCUCUCUCUCCUCCCCCCCUCUCUCUCUCUCUCUAGAUCUGGAAGCCUUUUUCCCUCUCCCCACUCCCCACUCGCCCGCCGUCGAUCUCCGCGCCGCAUUCCCUCGUCGCCGGCGAUCCCGCGCCGUCCGCCCCACCCGUGCUGAUACAAGGUGUUUGUAUCUGCGAAUACUGAUGAUGUGCCCAUAAGUUUGACAGUAUUGCUUGAAUACACAACAGCAUUACUUGGUUACACUCUGAAGGUCUAGUUGCAUUUGUUGGUUCAGAAGAUGGGUUCGCGGUUUCCAUCACACCAACUAAGCAAUGGCCUUUAUGUCUCGGGCCGACCUGAGCAACCUAAGGAGAAGGCUCCUAUCAUUUGCUCUACAGCUAUGCCGUACACUGGGGGUGACAUAAAGAAAUCUGGAGAGCUAGGGAAAAUGUUUGAUCUCCAUGUUGAAAAGUCACGGAAAUCUGGUCCGUUGGGUAAUCAACCUUCAAGGAAUACUUCAUUUGGUGGUGCUGGCUCCAACUCUGGACCAGUUUCUAAUGCUCUCGGUCGGUCCAACUACUCUGGUUCUAUUUCAUCAUCUGUUCCUGGUGCUGGAGGAUCAGCAAGGGCAAAAUCAAAUUCUGGACCUCUCAAUAAGCAUGGAGAACCAGGAAAGAAGUCAUCUGGCCCCCAAUCUGGUGGAGUGACCCCAAUGGCACGUCAGAAUUCUGGCCCUCUACCUCCUGUUCUUCCUACAACUGGGCUGAUCACAUCAGGGCCUAUCUCCUCUGGGCCUUUGAAUUCAUCUGGUGCUCCACGAAAAGUCUCAGGCCCUCUUGAUCCUAGUGUAUCAAUGAAGAUGCGUGCAACUUCUUUUGCACACAACCCAGCUGUUACAAAUCUGAAUGCCGAUGAUGGUUACUCUAUUAAGGGCAGCAUUCCAAAGACAAUUCUCUGGAUGGUUGUUCUGCUCUUUUUGAUGGGGUUCAUAGCAGGUGGUUUCAUUCUUGGAGCUGUUCAUAACCCUAUUCUGCUGGUAGUUGUGGUGGUCAUAUUUUGUUUUGUCGCUGCUCUCGUGAUUUGGAACGUUUGCUGGGGAACGAGAGGUGUGACUGGGUUCAUCAGUCGCUAUCCUGAUGCUGAUCUCAGAACAGCAAAAGAUGGGCAGUAUGUGAAAGUUACUGGGGUUGUUACAUGUGGAAAUUUCCCCCUCGAGUCCUCAUUUCAAAGGGUCCCAAGAUGUGUGUACACUUCAACUUGCUUGUAUGAGUAUAGAGGCUGGGAAUCAAAAGCUGCUAACACUGAGCACCGCCAAUUUACUUGGGGUCUUAGGUCAAUGGAGAGGCAUGCUGUUGAUUUCUACAUCUCUGAUUUCCAAUCUGGACUGCGAGCAUUGGUCAAAACAGGAUAUGGAGCACGGGUAACCCCUUAUGUUGAUGAAUCUGUUGUUAUUGACAUAAACCCAGAUAACAAGGACAUGUCUCCUGAGUUCUUGAGAUGGCUACGUGAAAGGAAUCUCUCAAGUGAUGAUCGGAUAAUGCGCCUGAAAGAAGGAUACAUUAAGGAGGGCAGCACAGUAAGUGUUAUCGGAGUUGUUCAAAGGAAUGACAAUGUGUUGAUGAUUGUUCCUCCAUCGGAACCCAUCUCCACUGGUUGCCAGUGGGCCAAGUGCAUCCUCCCUACUAGCCUUGAUGGGCUAGUCUUAAGAUGUGAAGAUACAUCGAACAUCGAUGUAAUACCAGUCUAAGCUUAGAUUUGUUCUGGCAGCUACUCCUAGAAAGAAAAUGCCUGUCAAAAUCUUUGGAUUUAUUUCGUGGGAUGUUAGAGUUGAAAGAUGUGCAAAUGCAGGGUGUGAUUAUGGCUAAGUACAAUAUCGGUGGUCUAUUAUUUGGGUCUUGGUUGUAUAGUAUUUUAUGUAUUUUUUCUCUUCUUUUUUCUUCUUUUGUGAUCUAUGGAUACUUGUAACAUGGAUGGCUUGAGUUGUACCUUGGAGCUGUUUGGAGAUUCAGUGGAAUCGAGUUCACAAGGUUUUUUGGUGAAGAAUUCCAGCAGUAUCAUAAGUCGUUCCAGUUUCAAUUUACGCACCCUUAUUCAAAACUUCCUGGUCUCUUGGUAGGUAUAUUUUCAUGGACAUGAUGUAUAAAUUUCUUUUGUAAUUAAUUCCGGUCUCUGUAAGAUAUGAAUCAAUUUAUUUGGAGAAAUUCC